GUUGCUCAUAAACCCCACUUCCUCUGCAUUGGAAAUUCAUUCCAAGUUUUCUCCUUUUGCCAUUCAAAUUCUUCGUCUUCUUCUGUUUCCUCAGCGAUGUUUCUCUAUAGGGUUUUAUCACGUGUCUCCACCACUAUUUGCCGAAGCUCUACGCUUCUCUCUGCUUCUCAAAGACCCCAACACUUUCCCACCUUUUCCAAUCACUUACAUUCCCUCGUUCCCCAAUUUCCCAACAAGCUGAUUCCAAUUCAAGACAAUUUGUUACGUCCACCUAUCAAUUCAUCCUUAACUCCAAGAUUUGGAUUUUCUUCAUCAGCCUCAACUGAAACUAAUGAAAAGGAAAAGGGGAAUAAUGGAGAUUCUACAAAUGAGGAUCCUGCAAAAACAAACGAAGAGGCAAAGAAAAUUGAUCAGGCUGGACAAGCCAAACCUGCAGAUCAAACAGAAGAAUCAGGUUCCAUUUCAGAUAUUCAAUCUCAAACUGUCAAAAGAAGGAAGAGAGGUAUUAAACGAACUUCGUUUUCUGAUUCAGAUUCAGAGAGUGAAUGUGAUCUAUCCAGAGAGGAUUUAAUUAAGCUUGUAGCUGAGAGGGAAGAACUUUUGAAGUUAAAGCACCAAGAGAUUCAGAACAUGCAGGACAAAGUUCUGCGUACUUAUGCAGAGAUGGAGAAUGUCAUGGAUAGGACAAGGCGUGAUGCUGAGAAUUCGAAAAAAUUUGCUAUACAGAAUUUUGCGAAGAGUUUACUAGAUGUUGCGGACAAUUUGGGAAGAGCUUCCUCAGUUGUAAAGGAAAGUUUUUCAAAAAUCGAUACAUCGAGUGACUCUACUGAAGCAGUAAAACUCCUGAAAACACUUAUGGAAGGUGUUGAAAUGACCGAGAAACAACUUUCAGAGGUACUUAAAAAGUUUGGUGUAGAAAAAUUUGAUCCUACAAAUGAGCCAUUUGAUCCACACAGGCAUAACGCCAUCUUCCAAAUACCUGAUGGUUCCAAGCCUCCAGGCACCGUUGCAGCUGUUCUGAAGGCAGGAUAUAUGCUUUAUGAUCGUGUUAUUCGUCCAGCUGAAGUUGGUGUAACCCAAGCGGUAGAGGAUAACAAUGCAACAGAGUGAUGGAAAAGAUAGUAUAGCUUAUAAGUGUUAUCAUUGGAUAGACUGAGUGGCUUCUUAUUGGAUAUCAUCCAAUGUUUCUUUCAAACAUGUAUCUUCAAAUGCAUUUUGAUCUGCUCUCUUUGGCAUUAGUUCUUUUUUCAUGCAUUUUACCAGCAUGCAAGAGACUAUUCUUUUCAACUAAUCUUAUGUCUAGAGUAACAUGAUACCAUAAGAUGGGUUUGAUUCCAUCAGAUUUUGGUUGUAUCGAUGCUGUUUAUACUGAUUCAUUAUACUAAAGAUUU